AUGAGUUCCCCCGAAAAGCAGCUCUCAACUACUCCACCACAGCAACAACAGUUAGAACAACCUGUCUUAUCUGAGGAGAAGAAGGCGGAGUUAUGUAGACAGUGUGAUGAAUAUAAAAGUUGGAUGAUGAAAUAUUCACCAACUGUCUUGUUCAUGUUUGAUCAGAUCAAAAACGCCGGUGGUUAUGUUUCUCCAAAUAAAAUUACAUGCGAAAUAUGUCCAGACCCCAAGCUGGGCGGGUUUCACGCGGAAAUGGGGAUCCAACUAUGUGCAAAUUAUAUUCCUGACAAAUGGGUUUUGAACGACACUUUAUCGCACGAAUUAGUACAUUGGUAUGAUAAUACGAGAUUCAAGGUUGAUUGGAUGGACUUAAGACAUCAUGCUUGCAGUGAAAUUCGUGCUGCUAGUCUAAGUGGUGAAUGUGCAAUUAUGACUGAAUUCAAAAAAAAUGCAGGCAUGAUGAAGAUUUCAAAGGGACAUCAAAGGUGUGUUAAACGUAGGGCCGCUUUAAGUGUUGUUGGUCAUCCAAAGUGUAAGGAUAUGGAUCAUGCAAAUCAAAUUGUUGAUGAAGUGUUCAGGUCUUGUUUUAACGAUACCAGACCAUUUGAAAUGAUAUAUAGCUAA